CAAAAGUGUUCGAAAACUAAUAAAUUAGCUCACAAACAAAAUUUUACAUUUGAGAGGGAACAUUUGAAAAAGGGCCAAGCAUACUUAUUUCAAAAGCGAAGGGCAAGAUUGAGAUUUCACACCUCAAUCUCAGCUCUACACUCCUCCGUCCCAAUUCAAAAUUUCAAAUCUCUGAACGGUCUUCUCCUCUCACAACCCAAACCGACAAACACCCCCCCCAACCCAAAACCCCAAAUCUCUGUUCAUCAAACCCAUACCGUAGAAUCUUCUCUACUGGAGAAACAUACCAGGAAUUCCCCAAAUUUUGUUCCAAUCCUUCAAAAUGCCGUUAAUUUCCAGCAUUUCUGAACCGGCGACGGAAUCUAGCAGAAGCAGAUUUGGGUACCAUCAGAACCAGCAACCGGAGCCGCCGUCUUCUCAGAUGAAGCGCUCGAGCUCGCCGGAUAUCUCCACCGCUCGAAGCUUCGAGUUCCAGGAAGACCCUUCCUUCUGGAAAGAGCAUAAUGUUCAGGUUAUUAUUCGGUUACGUCCUUUGAGUAGCUCUGAGUUAUCAACCCAAGGGAACAAUAGAUGUGUUAAGCAAGAUAGUUCCCAGUCUAUUACGUGGAACGGGCACCCAGAAUCAAGAUUUACUUUUGACCUUGUGGCAGAUGAGAAUGUUAGCCAGGAAAUGUUAUUUAAAGUUGCUGGGGUGCGCUUGGUAGAGAAUUGCAUGGAAGGCUAUAACAGCUGCAUGUUUGCAUAUGGCCAGACUGGAAGUGGGAAAACUCACACGAUGCUUGGCGACAUCGAGGGUGGUGCUAGGAGACACAGUGUUAAUUGCGGGAUGACACCUAGAGUCUUCGAGUACUUAUUCUCCAGAAUUCAGAAGGACAAGGAUGCACGAAGAGAAGAAAAACUGAAAUUUACUUGUAGAUGUUCUUUCUUAGAAAUCUAUAAUGAACAGAUUCUUGACCUUUUGGAUCCCUCAUCCGUCAAUUUACAGAUCAGAGAAGACAGUAAGAAAGGUGUUUAUGUUGAAAAUCUCACUGAGGUAGAAGUCUCAAGUGCUCGAGACGUGAUCCAACAACUUAUUCAGGGUGCAGCCAACAGAAAGGUAGCUUCAACUAACAUGAAUCAUGCCAGUAGUCGUUCCCAUAGUGUGUUCACAUGCAUCAUAGAGAGUAAGUGGGAAUCACAAGGUGUUACUCAUCAUCGGUUUGCCCGUCUUAACCUUGUAGAUUUAGCUGGAUCCGAAAGGCAGAAGAGCUCUGGAGCAGAAGGUGAGCGUUUGAAGGAAGCUACCAACAUCAACAAGUCUCUUUCUACAUUAGGACUUGUGAUAAUGAACCUUGUGAGUGUAUCCAAUGGGAAGUCACUCCACGUUCCUUACAGAGACUCGAAGCUCACAUUUUUGCUUCAGGAUUCAUUGGGUGGAAAUGCCAAAACAAUUAUCAUUGCGAACGUUAGCCCCUCUACUAGCUGCUCGCUAGAGACUUUGAGUACAUUAAAGUUUGCUCAACGUGCCAAAUUCAUAAAAAAUCAUGCUAUUGUUAACGAAGAUGCUUCUGGAGAUGUGCUGGCUCUGAGGAUUGAGAACCAAAAUCUCAAGAAAGAAGUAUCUCAUUUGCGGUCUCUAGUCACUGGAGGAGUUGAAAGCAACGAUAGUGAUAUUUUAUCACUGGCCUUUCCAGUAUCUCCGGGAUCAUUUAAGUUGGAUGGACUUCGUGGUUUUUCCACUCCACUUAUGUCUGGAAAAAAGAUGUCACAUCUUCCAAAAAAAGAGUAUGAAGUUGCGCUUGUCGGCGCAUUCCGGAGGGAAAAGGAUAAAGACACUGCUAUACAGGCAUUAACUGCAGAGAAUCAGGCAGCUCUGCAACUGGCUAAACAUAGAGAAGAUGAGAUUCAAGGCUUGAAGAUGCGCUUAAGAUUUCGAGAAGCAGGAAUAAAGAGGCUCGAAGCCGUUGCUUCUGGAAAGAUGUCUGCUGAGAUUCACUUGCUUAAAGAAAAGGAAGAGUAUUUAAAGGAAAUUGAAGUACUGCGUGCUCAUGUAGACCGCAACCAGGAGGUUACAAGAUUUGCAAUGGAGAACUUACGACUGAAAGAGGAGAUCAGAAGGCUGAAGUCAUUUUGUGAGGAAGGUGAACGAGAAAGGAUGACUGAGCAAAUAUUGAUAUUAGAAAACAAGUUGCUAGAAGCUCUGGAUUGGAAACUCAUGCAUGAAUCUGAUCCUGCUAAAAAAGGGAGUCAUAAUAUCACAAUGGAUAUUGAAAGUGACGAUUAUUUUCUGAAUUCCAAUCAGGAAUCUUCAUCACCUUGGCGCACAUCAAUGAAUGCGGAGAAUGAGUUCCUCCGCAUACAGGCCAUUCAGAGCCAAUCAGAGCUUGACUCACUUCAGAAGAAACUUGAAUUCUGUACUAAUGAAAAAGAAAAGCUAGAAAGGCACGUUAAUGACUUGGCAAAAGAACUCGAGGCAGAGCGAUUGGCCAAAGAAGUUAUGGCUGCACAAGCGCAGAAUCCACAAACUAACGUUCCCUCUCUGAUAAAUGAUCAUAGUCCCAGUAUUGGACAAAGUGAUCAAACAGAAAUUAAAACUAUGGUUGAUGCUAUUGCAACUGCAAGCCAAAGAGAAGCGGAAGCACACGAGUGUGCAAUUUUAUUGUCAAAAGAAAAUGAUGAAUUGAGAAGGAAACUCAAAGUCUUAAUUGAGGAUAAUAACAAACUCAUUGAAUUAUAUGAGAGGGCCGAAGCAGACAGCAGUAAAAUGAGCUGUGAUGUUUCUGUGAUUCCUCAGGAAAACUCAUUUGAAGAUCACAAUUCUCACCUUUUGGAAGUAUCUGCAGAGAAGGAAUUAGAGAUGGAAAGAGAAUUUGAGAGUCUCAAACAUCAACUAACCGAAAUGCAUGAAGAAAACGACAAGUUAUUGAGUCUGUAUGAGAAGGCCAUGCAAGAGAGGGACGAAUACAAAAGAGUUAUUGCUUCUGGUCAACGCAGAAAUGUAGGUACCAAAGAAGAUUUCAGCUCUCCAGAAAAGCUUGUUGAAAUUGAUGAAGGCCUAUGUCUUAGGUUCGGUGAAGCUUCUAUUUCCGUUGAUGAUGAAUCGGGAAGGAAGGCAAUGGGUUCUCUUGCGCCUUAUUUACGGAAUGACGACAAUGCUCUUGGUUUAGAAGAGGGCUAUCCAGCAACUAUUAGUGAGAGUUUAUUGGAGGAAACGAACUUGUAUGAUGUGCAUGUGCAGGAUACUGAUGCUCAAUCUUCCGUUAAUUCGCAUUUGGAAGUUGUGAUGAGUGACAUGUCUGAAAAAGAAAGUAGCGAGUUCAUAGGGAGUAUUCAUCUGCUGGGACUUAAUGGACCAGGUACACAUAAUGAUUGUGACGAGGACAAUCAUGUGAAUCGGUCCGUGAUAACAAAUAUGGAAAUGGAAGAAAAAUCAUCUGGCACUCUACCUUUGGAUGUGUUUAAGGAUCUCGAUACUCUAAGAACGAAACUUGUUGAAGCACAAGAAAACCUUUCUUACUCUGCAAAGACAAUGAGCGCUUUCUGUUCACUUGAGAGAUUAAUGGCUGAGAUCGAUGCGCUUUCUGUAGAAAUUUGCAAACUGGAAAGCGGUGUUCAGGCAAAACACGAGGAGUGUGCACUUCUGAAAUCCCUUUCUUCAGAGCUUCACGACAGAAAAGAUGUGGCUAACAAUAAAUUGUUCGCUGUAAAACACUCCUUGACUAGCCUUUGUACUUCACUGCAAUAUUUCGAAAACCGUGAGGCUCGAGCAAAAUCAAGAUUGACUGCUUCUUCGCAGAAUCUAACCCAAAGGAAAGAUGAGCUGGCCCAUCUUCACUUCUCCAAGAAACAAGUGAUGGAUUCCCUUUUGAAGUUCAGACAAACAGAAACAGAAAUGAAAAACUGCCUGGAAAACUUGAAAUCAAAAGUGGAGGAGGAAAGCAAGAAACUGGAAAGCGAUCGAGUACUGUUUGCAAUAGACAAUGUCGAUAGAACUACCGGCGAACUCUCACAAAGGAAUUGGCAAAAGAGCGGCACAGCUACUGAAUUGCUGAAGUCCGAGGAAGAGAAAACGAAACUACAGAAUCAAAUAAAACUUGGAAAAGAGAACCUGCGAAAUGUGAGGAAGGAAGUUGAACUUUUGACAGGAAAAUUGAGCAAGAUAGACAGUGAGAUACAGGUGCUCGAAAUGGAGGUUCAAAAAGAAUCCCUGUCCGAAGGAGAAUUGCAACGCAAGCUUCACAGUAUCGUAAAGGAGAAAGAAAUGCUUUUGGAAGUUAAAGAGAACGGAAAACACGAAAUCGAGAGUGUGAUUAUCGAGUACCACCAGAGCUUUUUCGCAGCAGAAUUGAAGGACGAAGAGGCGAAAAACAUGGACGAGGAAUUGGCAAAUGAGUUGCGAAAAAUCGAUGAUUUACGAAAAGCAAAAGCCGAAGCGAUGAAGAGAAAAACCGAGUUGGUGGAAAUUAUGCCUUGCAGCUCAAGCUUUGUGUCUGAUAAAAUGGAGGAAGAUCUUCGUAGCGCGCAAAUGUCGGUUGCCAAAUUGAACUCUUUGCUUCAAAAUUGUUAGUUCUCUGUUCCAAAAACUAUCUUGGCUAAUAUUUUUUCUUGCUGUAUAUUAAUUUGAUUUACUUAAUCACUCAAAAUUAUUUCUAAAUUUAGAAUGUCUUAAUGAUCUAUGCAUAACAAUUCACGCUAUCGUUAUAUGACCUUGAUUCGGAUAAGUAUAGAAUCCAGGUAUUCACUCGUUUUGGAUUA